AUGUCCUCCAUCUUGCCUUUUACCCCUCCUGUAGUCAAGAGGCUUUUGGGCUGGAAGAAAUCUACCAAUGUACCAGGUGGAGCAGGUGGGGGAGAACAGAAUGGCCAGGAGGAAAAAUGGUGCGAGAAGGCCGUGAAGAGUUUAGUCAAGAAGCUCAAGAAGACUGGGCAGCUCGAUGAGCUAGAGAAGGCCAUCACUACGCAGAACUGCAACACCAAGUGUGUCACCAUCCCCAGCAAUUGCUCAGAGAUAUGGGGACUGAGUACACCAAAUACGAUAGAACAGUGGGAUACAUCAGGCUUUUACAGCUAUUCCGACCAAACAAGAUCCCUUGAUGGCCGCUUGCAGGCCUCCCACAGGAAGGGGCUCCCCCAUGUUAUCUAUUGCCGUUUGUGGCGGUGGCCAGACCUUCACAGCCACCAUGAACUACGUGCUAUCGAGGCCUGUGAGUAUGCCUUUCACCUCAAGAAGGAUGAGGUCUGCAUCAACCCCUACCAUUAUCAGAGGGUCGAGACCCCAGUUCUGCCUCCAGUUCUUGUGCCAAGACACUCUGAAAUUCUGACAGAGCUGCCACCUCUGGACGACUACACCCAUUCCAUACCUGAGAACACAAACUUUCCUGCAGGAAUUGAUCCUCCAAAUAACUACAUACCAGAAACUCCUCCGCCUGGCUACAUCAGUGAGGAUGGGGAGGCCAGUGAUCAACAGAUGAAUCAAAGCAUGGAUACAGGUUCACCAGCAGAGAUGUCUCCCAGCACUCUGUCACCUGUCAAUCACAGCAUGGACUUACAACCGGUGACUUACUCGGAACCGGCCUUUUGGUGCUCAAUAGCGUACUAUGAGCUUAACCAACGUGUAGGAGAGACGUUCCAUGCCUCACAGCCCUCGUUGACGGUGGAUGGAUUUACAGACCCCUCAAACUCUGAGCGAUUCUGCUUGGGUUUGCUCUCAAAUGUCAACAGGAAUGCCACUGUGGAGAUGACGCGAAGGCAUAUAGGAAGAGGAGUUAGGCUCUACUACAUUGGCGGGGAAGUGUUUGCUGAAUGUCUAAGUGAUAGCGCCAUUUUCGUCCAGAGUCCAAACUGCAAUCAGCGGUAUGGAUGGCAUCCAGCAACAGUGUGUAAAAUUCCGCCAGGUUGUAAUUUAAAAAUCUUUAACAAUCAGGAGUUUGCUGCUCUGCUGGCCCAGUCCGUUAACCAAGGCUUUGAAGCAGUAUACCAACUCACUAGGAUGUGCACCAUCCGCAUGAGCUUUGUCAAAGGUUGGGGAGCAGAAUACAGAAGGCAGACUGUCACAAGCACUCCAUGCUGGAUCGAGUUGCAUUUGAAUGGUCCUCUACAAUGGCUAGACAAAGUGCUGACCCAGAUGGGGUCCCCUUCUGCACGCUGUUCCAGUAUGUCUUAA